AUGACGUCCAUGGCAUCCGAGUCCGUCGCCACCAUUCUCUGCACCUCAAAGCAGACACGCUUUCACAUUGACGCGGCCAACUACCGAGAGCUCGAUAUUGCCGGUGUCAACAUCACCAUAGUUGGUGGCGCCAAAUCGGGCACCCCCGCCAAGGGCAAGUCCAAGGCCCGUACCGAGGGCCUCGAGAUUCUGUCUGGCGCCAAGCUGCGUCUGAAAGAAGGUCACAGAUAUGCCCUCAUAGGCCGAAAUGGCACAGGAAAAUCUACCCUGCUCAAGGCCAUUGCGGAGAAGCUUAUCCCAGGAAUCCCGGAAGACUCCAGAAUUGCUAUUCUGCAGCAGACCAAGCUCCAAGAUGGAGAGUCGAAAAAAGAGGAAACCCCAACAGCCAAGAUGAAUACGCGGCAGGAAGUCAUUGAACGGGCUACCUCUCGCAGUGCCAUCGAACAGGAUAUUCAAUCCCUGUCUGAUGGCGUCAAUUCGACGGACCCCUUUGCGCCCGUGCGAGCGGUCCGCAACCUCAAGCACGAUCGCCUGCAGAAACGACACUUUCUGCUGGACAAGGAUGCCAGGCUCCGCAGCGGUGCCCGAGGCAUGGCUGCCAGAAAGGCUCUCGUCGCCAUCGAAAAGGUCGUGGCCGAGUCGCAAGAGCAGGUAGAUCAGCCGUCGGAAGAAAUUACACCCGAGAAACUGCAAGAGGAAACCCAAGAGGCGGCCGACAUGCUCGCCGACUUGCAGAUUCAAGUCGAGCCAAGCCGAGUCAGCGAGAUUGAGACCAAAGCCCGACGCAUUCUCACCGGUCUUGGCUUCACGGAAGAAAUCAUGGAAAAGCCCCUCUCCAGCCUCUCGGGCGGCUGGCACAUGCGUGCCAGCCUCGCCACCGUCCUCCUCCAAGAAGCCGACAUCCUGAUCCUCGACGAGCCCACCAACUUUCUGGAUCUCCUCGGCAUCAUCUGGCUGCAAAAGUACCUAGAGUCCGUCGAAGACACGGACAAGCCGCCGACACUGAUUCUCGUCUCUCACGACCGCGACUUCAUCAGCCUCUGCACGGAUCUCCUCAUCCUCCGCGACAAGGACCUCACCUACUUCCACGGCGACCUGCCCACGUUUGAGGCGUCGCAGGCCGAGCGCAAGGAGCACCUCAUCAAGCUCAAGGAGGCGCAAGACAAGCAAAAGGCGCACAUCGAAAAGACGAUUGCGCAAAACAUGAAGGCCGGGCGGCAAAACGACGACCAGAACAAGAUCCGCCAGGCCAAGUCGCGCCAGAAGAAGCUCGACGACCGCUGGGGCAUGCAGACCAACGCCCGCGGCCACCGCUUCCGCCUCAACGACCAGGCCGGCUUCUUCCACACCUCGCACCAGGGCAUCGAGAUCCCGCCCGAGGAGCGCCAGAUUGUGCUGAGCCUCCCCGCGCCGCCGGACCUGCGCUUCCCCGGCUCGCUCAUCUCGCUCGAGAACGCGAGCUUCCGCUACGCGCGCACGGGGCCGUACAUUAUCAAGGACGUCAACCUGACCGUCGGCAUGGGCGACCGCAUCGGCGUCCUCGGCCUCAACGGCGCGGGCAAGUCGACGCUCAUCAAGCUGCUCGUCGAGGAGACGCGCCCGACGAGCGGCACCAUGACGACGCACCCGCGCCUCAAGAUGAGCUACUACUCGCAGCACGCCGUCGACGCGCUCAAGGCCCUGGGCGCCGACGACCCGGCGCUCACCGCGCUCGCGCUCCUCACCAGGGAGGUCGAGGGCCAGCUGAACGAGGGCGAGAUCCGCGGGCUGCUCGGCGAGCUCGGCCUCCCCGGCCGCUUCGCGUCCGACGUGCCCGUCGCCAAGCUCUCGGGCGGGCAGCUCGUGCGGUGCGAGCUCGCGCGCCUGCUGUGGCGCCGCCCGCAGUGCAUGAUCCUCGACGAGAUCACGACGCACCUCGACUACGAGACGGUGACGGCGCUGCGCAGCGCGCUGCAGUGGUGGGAGGGCGCGGUGGUUCUGGUGAGCCACGACCGGUGGUUCAUGCGCGGCGUCAUCGACGGCGUGGUGGACGAGGACGAGGAGCAGAGCGAUGGCGACGAGGACGACGACGGGCCGAUGAGGCGGCGCAUCAUGUACAGGCUCAAGGGCGGCGAAAUGACGGUGCUGAAGAAUGGCGUCGAGGAGUUUGAGAACAUCAUGGAGAAGCGCGUCAAGAAGCUCCUCGCUGCGUGA